UCGACGGAGAAAGCGAUGCAGAGCGCGGCGGCCGUCGACGAUGGGAGUGUGGAGCGAAGCUGGCCGCCGGAGAAGCGGACGAUCAGAUUCCGCGGUACUGGCAAGUCCGAAACUCAUGUGUCAUCGUCCCACGGCAAGCGCGUGGAGAACGUGGAUCCCCUGCACUGCAGGCCGCAAUUAUCCGACGGCCAGGAUGCGCAGAAGAGGAAGCAACGAGUAUCGUUUAUGCAGUUCUUAAGGACGGAAUUAACGAGGGGUUAUCAGCUGGAGCACGAUGAGGAGAGAUUCUCCGCGAGAAGGGAGAAGGUUUACUCGUUUAUGAAAAUUCCUAGAGAAGUGGAAAACUUCAUGGCAUAUGGGUUCCUUCAGUGUGCCGACUCUUUUCUAUUUGUGUAUACAUUUUUACCGCUGAGGUUCGCAAUGGCUUUAUGGGCGGUGAUCACCAGACCUUUACGACACUACCUGAGGAGUGACAAGGAGCAUGGAAAAAGUGCGGAAAGAUAUCUGAGCCCGGCCGAAGUGUGCGAUCUGUUGAAAGGGAUCGUGGUGGUGGGUUGCUGGGUAGUAACCUGGAAGGUGGACACCUCCAUGAUGUAUCAUUUAGUUAAGAGUCAGUCGGUUAUAAAGCUAUACAUAUUUUAUAACAUGUUAGAAGUGGGAGAUCGUCUUUUCAGCGCUUUCGGCCAGGACACUAUAGACGCCCUGCUUUGGACCGCCACCGAGCCGCGAUCGCGCUCGAAUUCCACCCGUACGAAACACUUCGGUACAUUGCCGCAUCUCUUGUUCGCCGUCGCUUAUGUGUUGUUACACAGUAUACUGGUACUGUUCCAAGCGACGACGUUAAAUGUGGCAAUCAACAGCAGUAAUAAAGCCCUUCUUACGAUUAUGAUGUCGAACAACUUUGUAGAACUGAAGGGCUCUGUCUUCAAGAAAUUUGACAAGAACAACUUGUUCCAAUUAUCUUGCGCCGACGUCAGGGAAAGAUUCCACCUGAUUAUGCUGCUCCUCGCAGUGAGUCUGCAAACGAUGAAAGAGUACGCGUGGCACAGCGACCGUUUCGCCGUCUUGCUACCCGACUGCGUGAUACUGUUGUUGGCGGAAGUUCUCGUCGAUUGGGUGAAACACGCGUUCAUCACGCGUUUCAACGAGCUGCCGUCGACCGUCUACAGGGACUAUACCGUGAGCCUGGCUUACGACAUGGCGCAGACGCGCCGGGAGACGGCGUUCUCGGAUCCCUCGGACUUGGUCGCGCGCCGAAUGGGCUUCAUACCGCUUCCUCUGGGAGUCGCCAUAGCCCGCGUACUGUGUACGACCCUGACGCCGUCCGCGAGACCCGCUAAUAUCAUACUUCUAUUAUUAGCUUAUCUCAUACUGGUAGCACUACGAAUAUUCAACAGUUUAAUCAUUCUCGGGAAGGCCUGCGACAUAAUGUCGUCGCACGCGCAGCCCGAUAAGGACGACGCUCCCGCGAAAUCGCCGUCGAAGAACCGUGCCAAUAGUGUCGACAUGAAAAAUCCGAAUCUUGGCACGGCAAUCUUCUCAAACAGCGCCGUCAGCCUGAACAACGUCUGCUUGAACGAGGCGUUCCUGGAGCCGGAGGAGGUGCAGAAAAGUGAGAAACUUCAGUGUAAUUUCGACGAGCCCAUGAAAACCGUGCUAAGGACAGGAAGCGAGCCCCUUCUUCCGCAAUGACAAAUCUCAAUAGCGCAAUUGAAAUAUAACGAUUUUUUUUAUUUAUAAAUUGUACAUAUUUCGUUGUACAUAUACAUAUAUACGUGCACAGAUAUACUAUAUGGACGCUCUUUUUUGCAAAGAUAUUUAUAUAAGAUAUCUGUAAGAAUAAUAAAUUUGGUUACCAUUUAA